UCUCUUUCUUAAAGCGUCUCCAGCUCCCAUGCCUAGCGGUUGUGUUUUCUCACGGGUUGAACCAGAUUGAUGCCUCCCCACCCCACCCCCUGUGCUGACACCCUCCUGCGCCGAUCGGGCCUGGAGCCCCACCUUGCAGCGGAGUAGCCUGUCCUAGAACCUUCUGUUGAGGCUCCCCUGGGCUGGCUUCAGUUUUCAGUCUGACCACCUCCUCCUCUUCGUCUUCCCGUCAGAGCUCGUCGGGUUUCUCUCCGGGUCUGAUCGAGCCCCAGGGCCCUCACCAUGGACUUCCAGCAUCGCCCCGGGGGCAAGACCGGGAGCGGGGGCGUGGCCUCCUCCUCCGAGAGCAACCGGGACCGCAGGGAGCGCCUCCGGCAGCUGGCCCUGGAGACCAUCGACAUCAACAAGGACCCUUACUUCAUGAAGAACCACCUGGGCUCCUACGAGUGCAAGCUGUGCCUGACGCUGCACAACAACGAGGGGAGUUACCUUGCGCACACCCAAGGGAAAAAGCAUCAGACCAACUUGGCCCGGCGAGCGGCCAAGGAGGCCAAGGAGGCCCCCGCCCAGCCGGCGCCGGAGAAGGUCAAGGUGGAAGUGAAGAAGUUCGUGAAGAUCGGCCGCCCCGGCUACAAAGUGACCAAACAGAGGGACACGGAGAUGGGCCAGCAGAGCCUCCUCUUCCAGAUUGACUACCCUGAGAUCGCCGAGGCCAUCAUGCCCCGCCACCGCUUCAUGUCCGCCUACGAGCAGAGGAUCGAGCCCCCGGACCGGCGCUGGCAGUACCUGCUCAUGGCCGCCGAGCCCUACGAGACCAUCGCCUUCAAGGUGCCAAGCAGGGAGAUCGACAAGGCGGAAGGCAAGUUUUGGACGCACUGGAACCGGGAAACCAAGCAGUUCUUUCUCCAGUUCCACUUUAAGAUGGAGAAGCCGCCGGCCCCCCCGAGCCUCCCCGCCGGGCCUCCUGCGGUGAAGCGGCCGCCGCCACCGCUGAUGAGCGGUCUGCCGCCCCGGCCGCCCCUGCCCGAGCCCUUGCCCCCGCCCCCACCGGGGGGCCUGCCGCUGCCGCCCAUGCCGCCCAGUGGGCCUGCGCCCUCGGGACCCCCGGGCCCUCCUCAGCUGCCCCCGCCGGCUCCCGGCGUCCACCCCCCGGCUCCAGGGGUCCACCCCCCAGCGUCAGGGGUGCACCCCCCUGCUCCGGGGGUCCACCCCCCUGCUCCAGGGGUCCAUCCUCCCCCAUCUGCUGGGGUUCACCCCCAGGCCCCAGGGGUGCACCCACCAGCUCCUGCAGUUCACCCCCAGGCCCCAGGGGUGCACCCACCAGCUCCCGGGGUGCACCCACCAGCUCCCGGGAUCCACCCCCAGCCUCCUGGGGUCCACCCCCCACCUCCUGGAGUGCAUCCAUCAGCUCCUGGGGUCCAUCCUCCAGCUCCUGGGGUCCACCCCCAGCCCCCUGGGGUCCACCCCUCAAACCCCGGGGUGCACCCCCCGACUCCCAUGCCCCCGAUGCUGCGGCCCCCACUGCCCUCCGAGGGCCCCGGGGGCAUUCCUCCCCCUCCCCCCACCAACUGAAACGCCACCCCUGUCCCAGCAAGCUUGGCUUUGUUUUCCCAGUUCCCUCCCAGCGUGAAGUUGAGUUUUUUGUACAGGGCUGGGCCGUGUCCGUCCCCAGAGCCCAUUAAAGCGUCUCUGCCAAG